GAACCCCACGCAGAGCGCGCUUCUCCCGCUGAGGUCAAAAAAUUAAAAAAUAAAAGGAAAAAAAAAACCCUAAGGGCGAUUUCGCGAUCGAUUCAUCGUCUCCUCGGCUUUAGAUUAUUCGAUCGAGCAUUCGAUUGGUUGCGGCGCGGGAUCUGAUUGUGCGGAGCAUUAAUAUCUGGUUUUGAUUUGUUAUAUUUUGUGUAUAUUUGUAUAUAUAUAGAGAGAGAGAGGUGGGAGGGGGUAGGAGGAGAGGGGAGGUGGAGAUGAAGCACCUUGUGGAGGUGGAGAAGGGGAGGGAGGGUGCCGAUGGAGCCCCCUCCGUCGGCGCCGCUUACCGGAAUGCCUUUCUCAAGGACGGUUUCCUGACGCCGAUCCCUGGGCUUGAUAGUUGCUGGGACAUAUUCCGUUUAGCUGUGGAGAAGCAUCCUAAUAACCGAAUGCUUGGUCGGCGUGAGAUUGUUAAUGGCGAGGUUGGUAAAUACGUGUGGCUAACUUACAAGGAAGUAUAUGAAACUGUUGUGAAAGUGGGUGCUUCCAUUCGAAGUUGUGGAGUACAGAAGGGAGGUCGUUGUGGUAUCUAUGGAGCUAAUUGUCCUGAGUGGGUUAUCAGUAUGGAGGCUUGCAACGCUCAUGGGAUUUAUUGUGUUCCGUUAUAUGACACUCUUGGUGCUGGAGCAGUGGAGUUUAUUUUAUGUCAUGCUGAAGUUCAGAUUGCUUUUGUUGAGGAAAAGAAGAUUGGAGAGGUGUUGAAAACCUUUCCUAAUUCAACCAAAUUCUUAAAAACAAUUGUGAGCUUUGGCAAUGUCAAUCCUGAACAAAAAGAGGAGGUUGGAAAACAUGGUCUGGCAAUCUACUCAUGGGAUGAAUUUCUGCUGUUGGGAAGUGAUCAACAGUUUGAUCUUCCCGUGAAGGAAAAGACUGAUAUAUGCACCAUUAUGUAUACCAGUGGAACAACUGGUGAUCCUAAGGGGGUUAUGAUCUCCAACAGGAGCAUUGUUAGUCUUAUUUCUGGUAUUGCUCAUGUUCUCGAGUAUGUGAAUGAGCAGGUGACUGAAAAUGAUGUUUAUUUAUCUUAUCUCCCUCUUGCACAUAUAUUUGAUCGGGUGAUUGAAGAGUUCUUCAUUUUUAGUGGUGCUUCAAUUGGAUUUUGGCGUGGGGAUGUUAAGUUGUUAGUUGAAGACCUUACAGAGUUGAAGCCAACAAUUUUCUGUGCUGUUCCACGUGUGCUGGACAGAAUCUAUACAGGACUGCAAAGUAAGAUAUCCUCUGGAGGCUUCCUGAAGCAGAAAUUAUUCAACAUUGCUUACAGAAUCAAAUUACAGAAUAUGCUGAAGGGAAAAAAGCAUGAGGAAGCAACUUCAAUUUUUGAUAAAAUAGUCUUUAGUAAGAUAAAACAAGGAUUAGGUGGGCAAGUUCGGAUCAUUUUAUCUGGAGCAGCUCCUCUAGCUAGACAUGUCGAAGAAUUUUUGCGUGUGGUGACUUGUGCGCAUGUUAUACAAGGCUAUGGUCUCACCGAGACCUGUGCAGGGACCUUUGUUUCGCUGCCAAAUGAGAUAUCCAUGCUAGGAACAGUGGGUGUCCCAGUACAAAAUGUUGAUGUGCGUCUAGAAUCUGUGCCUGAAAUGGGAUAUGAUGCUCUUUCAAGCACCCCUAGAGGGGAGAUCUGCAUCAGGGGAGAUACCUUGUUCUCAGGAUACCACAAAAGGGAAGAUCUCACAAAGGAAGUUAUGAUUGAUGGGUGGUUUCACACAGGGGACGUUGGUGAGUGGCAGCCUGAUGGAAGCUUGAAAAUCAUUGAUCGCAAGAAAAAUAUUUUUAAACUUUCACAAGGGGAGUAUGUUGCAGUUGAAAACCUAGAGAACAUAUAUGGUCUAGUUCCUGAUAUUGACUCGAUAUGGAUUUAUGGGAAUAGUUUUGAGUCGUUCCUUGUUGCGGUAAUUAAUCCCAAUAAGGAAGCUCUAGAGCGCUGGGCUGAACAGAAUGAGAUAAGUGGGGAUUUUGCUGACCUAUGUAAGAAUUCUAAAGCCAAAGAAUACAUUUUGGGAGAACUCACAAAGAUUGGCAAAGAAAAGAAGCUAAAAGGAUUUGAGUUUAUAAAAGCUAUCCACCUGGACCCUGCACCGUUUGAUAUGGAACGAGACCUCAUCACUCCAACAUUCAAGAAGAAGCGACCACAGCUGCUCAAGUAUUACCAGGAUGUGAUCGACGGCCCGUAUAAGAGUUCCCAGUAAGCGAUCGUGAAAAGCAACUGCUCCUUAUGAUUGAUUGAAUGAGCUUGGCGGCACUGACUGAUGUAUUCUUUCAUCUGUACUUAUUUUGCUUUAAAUAUCGUAAACUCUUUCAGUACUACUGCAUUUAAUCUGAAUGAUGUUCGACUAAUAUGCUGCUGAAGUUCUUUAACAGUAUUCUUUGUAAUUUUGCAUUUUGUGUGAUACAUAUCAUUUUGCUCGUUUGGAUGAAGAGAACAAGUAUUUCUCGUUA